CCGGAAGUUAGACGGAAGUGGGGCCGCGUCAGAUGUUUUGCAGUUUGCGGAGGGCAGUUCCGGUUCGGGUUUGACAGGUUUGGUUGUUCUGGAUAUGGCUGCUCUCCGGGCCUCAUGUGCCCUGCUGUGGGCCGUGGUUAUUUGCCUGUUGAUGGUUCCUGUUCCGGCCUCUGACGAGAAGAAUUCCGAGGACGUUCGCUGUAAAUGCAUCUGCCCUCCUUAUAAGGACAAACCCGGAAGUAUAUUCAACAAAAACGUCACCCAGAAGGACUGCGUCUGCAGCCAUGUCGUGAAGCCCAUGCCCGUGCCGUGGGCCGACGAAGAAGCUUACUGCCUGCGCUGUGAGUGUAAAUACGAAGAGAGGAGCUCCGUCACCAUCAAAAUUACCAUCAUCAUCUACCUGUCCAUACUGGGCCUUCUCCUCCUCUACAUGGUGUACCUGACCCUGGUGGAGCCCAUGCUGAAGAGACGGCUCUUUGGCCAUUCUCAGCUCAUUCAGAAUGAAGAUGACGUCGGGGACCACCAGCCUUUUGCCAAUGCACACAACGUGUUGUCGCGAUCCAGGAGCCGCGCUAAUGUCUUGAAUAAAGUGGAGCACGCGCAGCAGCGCUGGAAGCUGCAGGUACAGGAGCAGCGCAAGUCCGUCUUCGACCGCCACGUCGUGCUCAGCUAAUUCCGAACGUGGCACCUUCUCUCCGAAAGACCCCCUCGCACUCCGUCUUCCCAGCGCUUCCCCCAUGAAUUUGAGUCCAGGCUGCCGCGGGGGUCUGUGGAUUGGCGCAGGCUGGCGGCGGGUGCGCUGGCAGAAGAUGUUCUCAACGGAGGCAAAACUUCAAAAGAGAGCGAAACAAGCGAAGGAUUCCACGUUAACGUUUCUUUGCGCAAUGAAAAUCUCUUAAUAUAUUAAAGAUGAUAAAAUGGGUAAA